AUGCCGCGCCAGGAUUUAGGCACGCGGAAUUUUGCGGAAGGAAAUUCAAUAUAUCCACACGGAAACGCCAACGAGCAGCAAGAUGAUGGCAUGCAACUACCUCCUUCCAUGCCCGCUUCACAUCCUAGAGACAGUCUACCAGUCUGGAAAUGGAGAGCAUUACUUGUGGCUAACUGUUUCUUAACCAUAAUGCAUGGAUACGAUGUGAGCAAUGUCGCCAAUAUUCAGGCAUCCAUCUACAAGGCCUUUGGGCAUAUCGAGCUACUCUCCUGGGUCGCGCUCGGCUAUUCGGUUUGCAAUGUCGCCUUGAUUCCCCUGGGUCGUAAGCUUUUCAAGUUCGGAGACUUCAAGGCGCUGUGUCUACUGUCGAUGAUAUUUAUCAUUGGAGGUUCCGCUCUCUCUGGUGCUGCUCCCAAUAUUCAGUGCAUCAUUGCUGGGCGUGCAGUAAUGGCCCUGGGAUCAAGCAUCAUAUACCAAGGAAUUUUGAGUUUCAAUAUUAUCUUUACCUAUCCCCACGAACUUGGGCUUGUACAAGGCUCUAUUGGUGCUUGCUUUGCUAUAGGUCUAGUGCUCGGUCCACUUAUAGGAGGCGCCUUUGCCAAUAAUAAUCAUGCUACAUGGCGAUGGGCAUUUUACUUAGUGAUACCACUCUGUGUCAUUAGCUUGGUCCUUCAAGCUCUUUUCUACCCCCGUUACAGCAUGCCAACUAAUAAGACAACAUGGGCACACAUCAAGGAGGUCGAUUGGAUAGGAAAUUUACUACAUAUGGGAGUUUGCCUACUCUUCGCAAUUGGCUGUACGUUUAUCGGAUCCACGGGUACCUGGGGCAUCAACUCGAGUAUAGCUACCUGGAUUAUUUUCACGUUCUGUGUAAUCACAUAUGUUCUACAGCAGGCAUAUAAUCUCGGUACGACAUCCGAGAACCGUUUGCUGUCUUCUGGCUCACUUCUCCACAACCGAACUGUCCUGCUUACUUGGAUCUGCACGUUUUGCGCCGCGGCAUCGUAUGGUGCUACAUUAUACUACGUACCCAUAUACUUCGCCUUUGGACACGGCCUAGAUCCAUUCGCGGCGGCAACCCGACUACUACCCUUCAUUUGUGUUUUCAUAGUUACUAUCAUUCUAUGCGGCAGCCUACUACCGGCCCUUAGAUUCUACAAGGCCUUCUUCGUCCUCGGCUCUAUCCUCAUUCUAGUCGGCGGGGGUUUAUUCCAGAUGUUAAGCACUGAUUUGUCUGAGUCAGCAGUCAUGGGCUUCGAGAGUAUCGUCGCCGCUGGACUUGGUAUCCUGUGGCAGCUAGGAGUGCCGGUGUGCACAACCUUCCUACCUGACACCGACGACCGUUUAGACCUUGCUUUACUUAGCAACAUGGCACAAUUGAGUGGUAUCGCAGCCUCGCUUUCCAUCGCUGGGAUGAUCUACCAGAGCACGGGCUUCCAGUCGCUGAAGGAUUCCGUUGGAGGUAUGGGUUUCUCGGACGAAAGUAUUCGCGAGUUACUCUCGGGCGUUGAUUCGCCAAUCCUGAAACAUGUUGACCCCAAAGUGCUACGAUUGGCCGUGAAAUCCAUUACCAACUCCAUCAAGACAUGUUUCGUUGUUCUUCUUGCUGCGGGUGCUUUAUCAGUUCUCGCCGCCUGCAGCAUGAAGUGGGAAUCGCUCGGAUUCGUCCAACAUAUGAGGAGACAACGUAUGGGACAAACAGGAAGUACCCAACUUCGUCAUCAAGUAUCUGACGGAGAAUUUUUACUAGAUGACCUGAACGUUCGAGGCGAGGCUGUAGGCAGCACGUUAAAUCCGCCAGUCCCACUACAUAUUCGCGAUAAGAGAUAA